AUGGAUCGAGUCCGGAAACUGUUGGAUGAUGACCCUGGAAACUCUGAAUAUGUGGACAUGGAAAAGGAGCUUGUGGAGGUGAUUUCUUUGACCGAAGAACUUCUGUCAACUGCGAAACAAAAUGAGAAUUCUGGAUUGUAUAUUGGGACAAGUUCUGAUCCAUCUCACAGUUUGCGCCAUUCUGGCAGUACCUUUCAGCAUAAUAUGGAAUCAACAACCAUAUCUGAUCAGUCUGAGAAAUUUGCUGUUGGCACUAAAGUUCAAGCUGUUUGGAGUGAAGAUGGAGAGUGGUAUGACGCAACAAUUGAGGCACUUACGCCAAAUGGGUAUUAUGUACGCUAUGAUGAAUGGGGUAAUAAGGAAGAGGUUGAUCCUGCUAAUAUUAGGCCAGUUGAAGAAGGGACUGUAAAUACUCUGCUGGAAGCUGAAAGGGAAGCUGAAGCUACAAAACAAGCUCUUAAACGUAAAAUUGCUCAAGCUGCCGCUGCAGACUUCCAGUCACGGAGUUUACCAGCCAAGCUUCGAAUUGAUCCUGAUGACCCUGAAGAUGUGAAAGCUGCCAAACGUAAAAAGAUACAUGCGUUUAAGUCAAAGGUGCGGAUGGAGCAACUUGAAGUCACACAGAAUAAGAGGCAGAAUGCUUGGCAGCAAUUCCAGACAACUAAAGGCCAGGCCAAGAAGAUUGGUUUCUUCUCGGGCCGCAAGCGAGAGAGCAUCUUCAAGUCCCCUGACGAUCCAUUUGGAAAGGUAGGUGUGACUGGAAGUGGAAAGGGUUUGACAGAUUUUCAGAAGAGAGAAAAACACUUGCAUCUCAAGGGAGCAAACGCCGAGUCUACUGACGAUUAA